AUGAGUUAGUCUCCCAUUGUCUUCACAAAUAAACCCUCUAAACCACAUCCUUUAGAUGAUAGUGUUUGGAGAUGGGGAACAGUUUUGCCUAAACUACCCAAAAAAGAUCUUAAACAAGAAUUCAAAAGCGAACCGCAAUACUUCAAAAAUAAUUAGCUCGAGGAUAGUUAAACAAUAAAUAAUUAUACAGUUAGAUCAGUAGUAUUACAUGAAGUAACUAUUUCAAUUCUAUAUUUAGGAAACUGACUAUAUAGAAGUGGACUGGAAUGCAUUCCAACUUAUCUCUUUUGAAUGA